AUAAAAACAGCAUACUGAGCCAGCUUAAUUGUCUGUUGUCAUUAUGUCACAGUUUUGGAUUCUCGGUCUUCUUGGUUGCCUUUUAGGCGCAGCAUAUGCUGCUGAGGUCUGUUACUCCGAUCUGGGCUGCUUUAAGGAUGACAUGCCAUGGGCCGGUACCACCGAACGGCCAAUCACACGUCUGCCCUGGAGUCCUGAAAAGAUCGGCACCCGCUUCCUCCUCUACACCAGACAAAAUCCUGAUGCAUUUCAGGAGAUCAAGGCUGACGCGGCUAUUCUCAAAGCAUCCAACUACAACGGGGACAGAAUGACCCGUUUCAUCAUCCAUGGCUUUUUUGACAAAGGGUAUGAGAACUGGCUGAUUGACAUGUGCAAGACCAUGUUGACAGUAGAGGAUGUCAACUGCAUCUGUGUCGACUGGAGAAAGGGGGGGCUGUCCCUCUACACACAGUCAGCCAAUAACAUCAGAGUUGUCGGGGCCCAGGUGGCACAGAUGAUUGAAGUCUUCCAGGAUGUCUACCGACAGAAGCCUAGCAUGGUGCAUGUUAUCGGACACAGUCUGGGAGCCCACGCUGCAGGAGAGGUGGGCCGCAGGAUCCAGAAACUGGGACGCAUCACAGGACUGGACCCAGCUGAGCCCUACUUUCAGGGCUGCAGUGCAACCGUACGCCUGGACCCCUCAGACGCCAUGUUUGUGGAUGUCAUUCACACGGACAUUCUGCCCUUCAUCCCAUAUGUUGGCAAGGGUAUGUCUCAGGCCGUCGGUCACAUUGAUUUCUAUCCUAACGGAGGAGAGCACAUGCCUGGCUGUGACAAGAACAUUGCUUCUACCAUUGUGGACAUCGACGGGCUUUGGGAAGGCACCCGUGACUUCGUGGCCUGCAACCACCUCCGGUCCUACAAGUACUACAAUGAGAGCAUCGUGAGCCCUAAAGGCUUCACGGGAUACCCCUGCUCCAACCAGGACGUCUUCGACUCCGGGAAGUGUUUCCCGUGUGCAGACCAAGCUUGUCCCAUUAUGGGUCACUAUGCAGACACCUUCCAUGUCCCCAAUGGCCAAUCCAAGCUGAAGUUCCACUUAAACACCGGAGAGGCUGUGCCCUUUUCCCGGUACCGCUAUAAAGUAAGUGUUAAUUUAGAUGGAAGUAGAUCUGUGUCGGGGAUCAUGAAGAUAGCUCUGUAUGGAGAGCAAGGAAACACCCGUCAGUAUACGGUUCACAGUGGCCGCCUGAUUCCUGGUAAAACCUAUGAGGUCUUUGUGGACGCUGAGACUGACAUUGGCGAGGUGACCAGGAUGAAGUUUCUCUGGAAUAACAACAUCAUCAACCCCUUGCACCCCAAGUUGGGUGCCGCCAGGAUUGAGCUGCAGCGAGGGGUAGACAGGAAAGUCUAUCAGUUCUGUGGAAAGAAGAUGGUGGGUGAGGAUGUGCUUCAGACCCUUGAUCCCUGUGGACUUCAAUGAAGCACAACCAAACAGGGUGCACAGAGCAUUUAAAUAAAGUUACAGCAUUUGAACUCUCA